GUCACUAUGUCCGAGCGUGGGCGAAUUCUAGAGGAUGAAUGAGUGAAUAGAAAUCAGUAUGUACAUACGGGAUAUGUUAUAAUGCGUGGGCGUGUGCGCUGUUGUUCUCGCGUGGCGGUGAUCUAAUAUUAUGGCUGGUAGGAGCGUUCGAGGAGUGAAAAGAGAGCGGAAAUCGUCGAUGAAAGGCGGAGGGUGGAGUUUCGCGCUACUGCGAGCGAUGGACGAUCGCAAACAGGUCGUAGAGAGUUAUGACGACGUCGUCAUCAUCAGAGACGCCUUUCCGAAAGCGAGACAUCACUACCUAGUGAUCACCCGAAGAGACAUCGAGUCGCUAACAGACCUAACUCGUGAUCACGUGACCUUGUUGGAGUCAAUGCUUACUCGAGGAGAGAAGCUGGUAGAGAAGAUUAGGCGUGAAGGCAGCGAGAUGUCUCGUUUUCAAUUGGGAUAUCAUGCUGUUCCCAGUAUGAGGAGACUUCAUAUGCAUGUGAUCAGUCAGGAUUUCGACUCGGAUCGUUUAAAGCAUGCGAAGCAUUGGAAUUCCUUCACGUCUUCGUUUUUUCUUGAUGCAUCGGAAGUUAUUAGAACGUUAAAGGAGGAAGGGAGAGUCGAGAUAGACAGAGAUUAUUACGAGCGUUUACUGAAGGAGCCGCUUAAGUGUCAUGUCUGUAGGCGGUCGCUGGCAAACAUGCCGACUCUGAAGAGACACAUUCGUGAACAUUUGAGUAGGAAGAGUGAUGUUGGGUAGUGUGGUGUACUUUGACGGGUCGGUUGUGAAACAGAAUAAUUAAUGAUAUUGAAAUCAGAAUACAUGGUAGUGAUACGUAUGCAAACAUGAUAUCUCGUGGAAUGGAAUGACAACAACAACUUCGAUUGUUGGUAUUUGUUGUUGUUGUUAUUAUUAUUUGUAUUCACAAUGCAGUGUUUGUCGACUCUGAAGAGACACAUUCGUGAACAUCAUUCGAGUAGGAAGAGUGAUGUUGGGUAGUGUGGUAUACUUUGACGGGUCGGUUGCGAAACAGAUUUAUUAAUGAUAUUGAAAUCAGAAUAGGUACAGUAUGCAAACAUGAUAU